UUUGAUGUAAUUUUGAAUAAUCUAUGUUUUACAGAGAUUUUUUUAAUGAAAUUAGUUCUGGCGAAAUGUUUAGGUUUUGUUAUGUGGACAAACGCUUUAAAGCUGUAGGCUAUAUACAGACGUGUAUAAUGAGAUGAUAAUUAGAAUUUUUGCAGGCUCCUGAUUCGGCCGUGAUUAUUUAGAAGGGUUGCAACUUGGUCGGAAUUCAGCCGCAUUUUAUCUUCAGCUGCAUCAGAUAUAAUUUUUUGUAUCGCCUGCUUGCAGAAAAGGGUCUUGUGACCAGGUAAAUCAAUGGCUGAGGAAAAGCAAAUUAACAAUGCUGAAAAAGGUUUAGAUGAAUAUGCUGAUGCCUUCUUCAAAUCAGCUCCACCUCUUCAAGAUCGUAACAUUAUCACUAGGAAGGUGGAACAAUUUGUUGAACAGCAUUGUGCUCACUCGGAAAUUCGGAAUCAAGGCAAGAUAGUAUGUGUGACCUCUGGAGGCACCACUGUCCCUCUUGAGCGGCGCUGUGUUCGUUAUAUAGAUAAUUUCAGCUCAGGACACCGGGGAGCUGCCUCAACAGAGUAUUUUAUAAAAGCUGGAUAUAAUGUCAUAUUUCUCCACAGGCGGGGAAGUGCUGAACCUUUUUGUAGAUUUCUUCCUGAAAAUCCUCUUCUUGAGUGUUUUGAACCUUCAAAUGAUCAUGGAAUUCAAGUGUCCUCAUCAUAUGCUGAAUCUGUGAAGCAUGCGAUUCAAGAUUAUAAAUCUGCAGUAGGGAAAGGCUGUCUAUUGGCACUAAGGUUUUCUACACUCUUUGAGUAUCUUCAAAUGCUACAAAUUAUUGCUUUGGCACUCAACCCUUUGGAAGCAUAUGGAAUGUUCUAUCUUGCAGCAGCUGUCUCAGAUUUUUAUGUACCGUGGGAUUCUAUGAUGGAGCAUAAAAUUCAGUCAGAAUCUGGAAAGUUAGCCAUGCAGCUUGAAACAGUACCAAAAAUGCUCACACUUUUGAGGAAAUUCUGGGCUCCAACAACAUUUUCUGUAUCUUUUAAGCUUGAGACAGACAUUGAGAUUUUGUUGAAGAAAGCAAAGUCAGCACAGAAGAAAUAUGGGGUGCAUGUUGUAGUUGCAAAUGAACUUUUGACCCGAAAAGAAAAGGUGAUAAUCGUGACAGAACAAGGUGAGACAGUUGUUGAGAAAGAAGGUCCAGGUACGGACGUUGAGAAACCACUUAUCGAUUUUUUGGUGAAAGAACAUGUUGCAUAUAUUCAGAGAGAAGCAGUUUGCACAAGCAGCUCUUGAGAUCCAAUUCAACAGGCAAAAAUAUUCUUUUGUGUUUUAAUUAGAGUUAUGCUUCUAGCCAAAGUUGCAUGGACACGGAUACGGUAUCGGAUACGGAUAUGGACAUUUUUGAAGACCCCCAAUAUGGAUACAGUUGGAUACGUCAUUCAUAAAAAACACAUACACAUAUAUCUAACACAAUUUUUUAAGUUAUUCGAGGAGAUUUUCAUUACUUCAAAAGCAAUAUAGACAUAUAAUUGCUACCUAAAUAAUGAUAAGUUGAUUUAACAUUUUACAAUAUGCAAAAAAGUAGAGUUGCAUUGGAAGAUAACCCAAAAAAUGGGUCACUGAAAUAGAAAAACAUUUCAUUUGUCUUUCUCA